UGGUGAGGCCUGGUUUCUGAGUCUGCGUUUUCGGUUCCUGGAAAGUCUGUUCGGCUUGAACCAUGUGCGGUUCCGGUUUGUUGGGGGCCCCGUUCGGUUUGGUGUUUGGCGGUUCCAGUUCGCCACGGUUCGGUUCGCAGUUCCAGGAUUUAUUUUGCUGAGGGGGGCAGUGGAAAUCAAUUCAAUAAGUCUCAAUAUACUGUUUGCCCAAUCCAUUUUUGUCAGUUCUUUCAGUGCCCCUAGUCUGGGUGCGGUGGGGUGUAGUGUCGGUGUAGGUUUUGAAAAUCAAAUCAUAGUUUUGAUGGCAUUGAUCAUUUGUUGCUGAAUUUGCAUGUGAACACGUGUAUAUAUAUAAUCUUCCAUGAUGCAUGCAGGACAAUGCCAACUUGUUGAGACCGCUGUUGCUGCGUUUGGUUGAUUCAUUGCUCAGGCAAAGGGCAUUGCAGCUCUUGCACCAGAUGUUGCAGCUUUCCUACAGACCAUGUGUGAUUUCAUAUAGUUCAGCUAUCAGUUCCUGCACUGACAGUGUCCAGUGGAGUCAAGCCCUUCACUUGCUUCAACAAGCAGCAAGCAGCAGUCUGCGUUUGGAUGUAUUUACUUACAAUGCGACGAUAACUGCCUGUGAAAAGGCAUCUCUGUGGAGCCAAGCUCUCCUUUUGUUGACCGAGAUCGAAGUGACUCGUUUGGAAGCCGACAGCAUUUCCUUUACAGCGGCAAUGGCUUCUUGCAAGGCCGCUGGUCGCUGGCAGCCCACAUUGCUGCUCCUAGCAGAAGUGAGGAAGCGUGGUCUCAAGGUAGAUGUUACUAUGCAGGGGCUUGUCCUCUCUGCCUGUGAGAAAGUACACAAGCACCUGCUAGCAAGGCAAGUUUUGGCCCUCGUGGAGAACACAAUGCUACGGUCGCUCAAACGCCAUGGACGUAGUUGACCUACUCGUGAGCUUUCUAUUCAUGAGCAAAAGAGCGAUGAAUACAACAUGAGAAUGGCGAGACCGUUCAACAAAAGGAAGUGUUUUAUGCCAAAAAAGGCUGAGCCGGGACCGGCCCAGCCACAGUUUGAGAAUCUGAAAGGAGUCCGUUUUGUACAAGGAGUUUUCAAUUCACGGUUAACCCUUUCCUCCGGUCUCACAUAUCCUUUCUUGGAUUCCAGGCGAAAGAUGGUGAAAGCAAUUUUGCCUGUUUGAAGAAGCAUGUUGCUUCUUUUUUCCAGCCCCACGUGUGGGGCAGGUGUCUCUUGUUGUUCAAGGCCUUUUCGUCAUCCAAAGGAUGACGAGAAGAAGAGUUGAGCAACUGAGGUGGAGCUAUCACCUUUUUAUAUACGUCGCGCUCAGCUCUUGUAAAUCUGUUGAAGCUUUAGUGCGGAAAA